AUGAAUGAUCAGAAGGAGAAGUUGUGGCCCAUGUUGACAAAGCUUGGUGUGACGAUGAAGAGUGAUGAAAAGGAGCUGAUGGGGAAGGCGUUGAUGAAGCGUGUCAUGCAGACCUGGCUACCAGCCAGCAGUGCCCUUUUGGAAAUGAUGAUCUUUCACCUUCCCUCUCCUUCAACUGCCCAGAGAUACCGUGUUGAGAACUUGUACGAGGGUCCCCUUGAUGAUCAAUAUGCAAAUGCUAUCAGGAACUGCGAUCCUGAAGGGCCUCUUAUGCUCUAUGUAUCUAAGAUGAUUCCCGCAUCUGACAAGGGUCGAUUCUUUGCCUUUGGUCGUGUCUUUGCUGGUAAAGUCCAGACAGGUUUGAAGGUUAGAAUCAUGGGUCCAAAUUAUGUUCCUGGAGAGAAGAAGGAUUUGUAUGUUAAGAACGUGCAGAGGACUGUUAUUUGGAUGGGAAAGAAACAAGAAACUGUUGAGGAUGUUCCUUGUGGUAACACUGUUGCCUUGGUCGGUCUUGAUCAGUUUAUCACCAAGAAUGCUACGUUGACAAAUGAGAAGGAAGCGGAUGCUCACCCCAUUCGUGCUAUGAAGUUCUCUGUUUCACCUGUUGUGCGUGUUGCUGUUCAAUGCAAGGUGGCUUCUGACCUUCCCAAACUGGUUGAAGGUCUCAAACGUCUGGCCAAGUCUGAUCCUAUGGUUGUCUGUUCCAUUGAGGAAUCCGGUGAGCAUAUUAUUGCUGGUGCUGGUGAACUUCAUCUUGAGAUUUGUUUGAAGGAUCUACAAGAUGAUUUCAUGGGUGGAGCUGAGAUUAUAAAAUCUGACCCCGUUGUGUCUUUCCGUGAGACUGUCCUGGAGAAGUCUAGUCGUACUGUGAUGAGCAAGUCACCCAACAAGCAUAACCGUCUGUAUAUGGAAGCUCGACCCUUGGAGGAAGGUCUUCCUGAGGCCAUUGAUGAUGGCCGGUGGAACAUGCAAGUUUGUGUUGUCAUGGCAGUAGUACAACUUCUUGUUUGGGCGAUUUGGGCUGGUGUCACUCGCCAUCCAUCACGUUGGAAGCUGUGGCUGGUAGUAGUGGCAGGUGGCCUUGCAAUGCUCCUAGAAAUUUAUGAUUUCCCUCCAUAUCAAGGGUUUGUGGAUGCUCAUGCGGCCUGGCACGCCACCACUAUUCCCCUAACUUACGUUUGGUGGAGUUUCAUCAGAGAUGAUGCCGAGUUCCUAACCUCGAACCAAAUGAAGAGGAUGAAAACCUCUAACCUUGCAAAGAAGGCAAAAUAG